UGUUUCGAUAUAACCGAUAAAUCUCAUUCGGACGAUUAUUAGGUUUUACAAAAUUUUGGUUACCGAUAGAAGAAUUCUCAGACGAAUCCCACCAACAAUCGACAAUUUCUCUGCCGAUAAGAAAUCUCUCAUAUUCUGAAGAACUGAAGAAGAUUGAAGGUUAAAGGUAAUGGCUAAAAGGAGACGAUCAGAAAAAGAAGUGGAAGUGGAGGUCGAGGAGGACAGGUUAAAGGUAAUGUCUAAAAGGAGACGAGCAGAAAAAGAAGUGAGAGUGGAAGCGGAGGUCGAGGAGGACAGGUUAAAGGGAACGCCUUCUGAGAAACCUCCACCCGAGGGGAAUGCGCAGAUACAUCCCGAGGAUAUGGGGAAGAAGAGUAGUAAACAUCCAAAUAAAAGGAAACAUGCCGAAACAGAAGUGGGAGUGGAAUUGGAGGUCGAGGAGGACAGAAACAUCCCGAGGAGGAGGGGCAAAAUAAUAGUAAACAGCCAAGGAAAAGAAAACGAAACAAAAAAAAACCUCUAGUGGAGGUCGAAGAGGACAGUAGGUUUAUCUACACCAACAAAAGGCUGAGGCAGUUUCCCUGUCAUGUUUCCAACUACUCGAGCCUGCAUACACUGAGAAAUAUACGAAAUUCGUUGUCUGAAUCUGAGCUGGCCUAGGUUAGGAAAACAUCGAUUGUACAUCUAGUCGACAUGCCGGAGUCACAAAAAUGGUCGUCUGCCCUUUUUUCCUUUUUAAUGACUAGGGAGAUCCAUGUAGGACCGGAGCAAACACGAGAAGGUAAGGUAUGGUUCCCUGUUGAAGGGAAAGACUUGUGUUUCUGCAAGGCAGACUUCAAGGCAGUUACAGGUCUUCCUUUCAAGGAGUCAGGUGAAGAAAUUGAGUUGAAGGGGGUCUCGCACCUCAAGAAGAAGCAUUUUGAGGGUAUUAAUAAAGUGGAAGGAACACAUUUAUAUGAAUUCCUUGUAUUCAGAACGAAACCCAUGGUCCACGGUGCAGGGGCUGGUGCUCUUCGUAAUCCCAUAUUGUCCGGUAAGAGCAAAAAACGUCCCCGGAAAUUACGAAAGAGGGAGCAUGUUCCAUGUUCAUCUGAUGAGAGGGUGAAAUUGGCUUUGUUACUUAUGGUGCACGUAUGCAUACUUGGGCGCCAACUGCAGCACAAAAUAGACGACCAAGACUGGCUUUCGGUGGAAAACAUAGAGAAUUUCAACAAAAUCCCUUGGGGUGAGAAAUCGUAUGUCCUCUGUUUUGAGAAUACGAAGAAAGCGAUUAAAUAUCAAAACGACAAAGAAGACCCUACCGCUAAGCUCUCUCUCAAGCCACGAGGACUACCACAAGCGUUGGUGGUCUGGAUGCUGAAGCUCUUCCCGCAUUUGCUUGAAAAGUACGGAAGCGAAUCGCGUACGAAAGGGAAGCGUCCCCUUAUUCUUACGGUGUGGUGCGAGGAAGUAAUUAAUUAUGAGAAGCUUUGUGAAAUAAUGGAAGGAGUAGUCUACAGUGAUGACAGGUUGCAGGAAAUCCGUGCGGGAGGUGAAGCGUUUCGUGAUGCUGCAUGGGAGGAAGCUGUGUCUGAAAAUAAUGAUUUGGAAGAUGCUUCAGCGGAUGGUCCCCGUCAUGAGAAAAAUCAAGCCAUGAAUUCUUCUGGUGACAAUAGACAUAUUGAUCAGGAGGUUCUGGAUCAAACCCGAGAGGUAAUAGGAGCAGGUGAUGCCGAACAUGGGUCCCACCCGGAUGUUAGAGUGUCAGCUGAAUUUAUUAAUAAUUGGAUGGCAGAUGCAACGAAAAAAAAUGAUAAACAGGGUGCAGGAGAUGAUAGAUGGAGUUUCUGAGAAUAUGAUUCAGUUGUUCGAUUCACAUGCACAGAGAAUCGGGUCGGUGGAAUCGAUGGUCAUCCAAUUACGUAAAACAAUUUGUGCUCCUCCGGAGAAUACUACAGGCGGUAGUUCGGAAUCUGGUGAAUCUAGCAAGAACGGCGGUUCUUGCAAUGUUGAGUCCGAUGAAGAGGAUCGCAGUUUAGGACCUACCCGCAACAAGGAAUAUGAGCCGGUGGACAGGGGAAGGUGAUGAUACAAGAAUUAACAUGACCAAUGAGGCUACAUAGGUCAGGGAGAUUCGUUGUGUUGAGAGUUUUGUCGAGAGUGAACACGAUGAGGUCAGGAAUGAUUAUGAUGCUGUGAAGGUGGAUGUACAGGGUACUAAUCAAGGUACCGACCUCAUACGUCAAGAUGAUGUGGUGGAAGUGUUGGAUAAUAUGCAGGAAAUGAUGCUUACAAUCAAAGGUGGGGUUAUUGAUGUAGAAAUGGGUAAGGAAAACAUGCUUACAGACAAAGUUUUAUCUGUGGAAGAGGAUGCCGAUACAGAAACUUUGCGGAACCAUCAACAUGAUAAUGUGGAAGAGGAGUCCAACAAAGAGGAUCAUAGUUUAGGACCUAGCCACAAUAAGGAAGAUGGGACGGUGGACAGAGUUGAGGAAGAGGAAGAUGAUGAUACACGAACUAACAUGAACACUGAGGUCAGAGAGAUUCAUGGUGUUGAGAGUUUUGUCGAGAGUGCACUCGAGGAUAAGAAUGGUUUUGAUGGUGUGAAGGUGGAUGUACAGGGUACUAAUCCAUAUACUGUCCACAUACGUCAAGAUGAUGUGGUGGAAGUGAUGCUUACAAACGAAGGUGAGGGUAUUGGUGUGGAAAUUGAUAAGGAAGACAUGCUUAGACACAAAGUUUCAUCUGAGGAAAAGGGUGCUGAUACAGAAACUUCCAACAUCCGUGAAGAUGAUCCUGUGGAAGAGGAUCGCGGUUUAGGACCUACGCACAACAAGGAAGAUGGGCCCGUGGACAAGUUGAGGAUUCAGAAGCUGAUGAUACAAGAAUUAACAUGAUCACUGAGGCUACAGUGGUCAGAGAUAUUCAUGGUGUUGAGAGUUUUGUCGAGAGUGCACUCGAGGAUAAGAAUGGUUUUGAUGGUGUGAAGGGGGACGUACAGGGUACUUAUCCAUAUACUGACCACAUACGUCAAGAUGAUGUGGUGGAAGUGUUGGAGAAAAUGCAGGAACAGAUGCUUACGAUCAAAAGUGGGGUAAUUGAUGUGGAAAUUGGUAAGGAAAACAUGCUUAGAGACAGUUUUAUCUGUGGAAGAGGAUGGUGAUGCGGUAGUUGAGAGCCCUAAGCUGGUCAAAAAGCAUGGUGUAGAAAAUCCUGGUACAUAAAUAGGCCAGAACGAUCAAGAUAGUAAGGUGGAAUAGGAUGGUGAUGCGGAAGCUGAGAUGGCUAAGAGUAACAAAGAGCAUUGUUUACCCGAGAGUUUAGUCGUUGGUGAAUUAAACACUAAGUGUACCCUUGACGGUGUGAAGCAUGUUGUAGAUGAUCAUAGUCCAGAAACUAGCCAUGUGGAGGACUAUCCUAAAGACGCAGUUAAAGUUGUUAGUGCAGAAACACCAAAAGUUAGUUCUGAUAACGUGGAAGAGGUGAUUAUCUCUGUACUAACAGAUUUAGAUAAUAAUCUGGAAUAGUAUGGUGAUGUGGAAGUUGUGAUGGAAAGUAGCGAUAACCCGGUCGAAGAUCAUGGUGUAGAGGAUCCUGGUACAGAAACUUCCAAGAUCAGUCAAGUUGGAAAUGUGGGACAGCAUGGUGAUGCGGAAGUCGUGUUGGAAAGUAGCGAUAAUCCUGUCGAAGAGCAUGGUACAGAAAGUAGCUAUAACCCUGGUGUGGAGGAUCCUGGUGCAGAAACUGCCAUAACAGUCAAGAUGGUGAUGCGAAAACUGAGAGCGCUAAGCCGGUUAUUCUGGAUGGUGUAUCCGAUAGUGUAUCCGAUAGUGUAGUCGGUGGUGCAUUAAACACUAAGUGUACUCUUGACGGUGUGAUGCAUGCUGUAGAUUUUUUAUCUCGCAAAGUUGAAUCCGAUGAAGAGGAUCGUGGUUUAGGACCUACCGGCAACAAGGAAGAUGAGUCGGUGGACAAAGUUGUGGAAGAGGAAGAUGAUGAUGCAAGAAUUAACAUGACUAUUGAGGCUACAGAGGUCAGAGAGAGUCAUGGGGUUGAGAGUUUAGUCAACAUAAUAAAGGAAAACAUGACCAGUGAGGCGACAUAAGUGAUGCUUACAACCAAAGGUGGGGAUAUUGAUGUGGAAAUUGAUAAGGAAAAGGAUAACAUGACCAGUGAGGCUAGAGACAAAGUUUUAGCCGUGGAAGAGGAUGCGGAUACAGAAACUGUGUGGAACCAUCAACACAAUAAUGUGAGAGAGCUGAUUAAAGAACUAGAGUUAGAUGGAGAGGUAAAGUUCAAAGAGAUUAACGCUAAUGUAGAGAUGGAAGUUGUGAUGGAAAGUAGUGAUAACCUGGUCGAAGAGCAUGGUUUAGAUUUAGAAGCUGGUACAGAAACCGCCAAAAUCAGUCAAGAAAAUAAUGUGGAAAAGUCUGGUGAUAUGGAAGUCGUGAUGGAAAGUAGCGAUAACCCUGUCGAAGAGCAUGGUGUAGCGGAUCCUGGUACAGAAACUGCCCAGAACAGUCAAGAAGGUGAUGCGGGAGCUGAGAGUGCUAAGCCGGUUAUUCUGCAUGGUGUAUCCAAGGGUACUCUUGACGGUGUGAAGCAUGUUGUAGAUGAUCAUAGUCCAGAAACUACCCAUGUGGAGGACUUUUAUAAAGACGCAGUUAAAGUUGUUAGUGCAGAAGAACCAGAAGUUAGCACUGAUAACGUUAAGCCUGUCACCGGUGAGGAUGUCAAAGAUGUUCCUAAGGGUAGGAAGAGAACAAAGGUACUGACGAAGCAGAAUAAGAGGCAGGUUAAAGCAGGUGAAGAAGAUGAUGGGACACUGAGCAGGGAUGUAAAAGGUUCCAGAAUUAUUGAAAUGCUGGAUGGCGAUAAAAAACAGAAAGUACUUGAAUACUUUUGUAUACAUGACAGAACAGACAUUGCUUGGAUGGAAUUCAAAGACGAUGGUUGCCUGAUGUUUGAUAUACGUGGAGAACUUAUCCUUCAACUAACCAGCAAAGACGCCUACUUGGAUUCGAAAUUCAUUGAUUUCUACAUUAGUAUGUUGAAGACAAAGAUGAACUCAAACCCGAAGUAUGGGAAAGCGAUAUUCCUCUCCCGAAAGCAUAUGAAUCUUUUCUGAAUGAUAAGGAUGAAUUCAACAAUUUCUGGAUUAAAAAGCUUGCUAAGGACUAUCGUGAAUGUAAACCAGUCAAAAUGUACGCACCAAUGAGUAACAACAAUAACCAUUUCUCACUACUGGAGUAUGACUUGAUUAGCAGUGACAGAUGGUGCUACAGGAACUCGUUGGGCGAUAUGAACACGAAGAAAGAACACUAUAAACAAGCUAAGUCCUAUGAAGCGGCAAUAAGUCGUGCACUGAACUUAACUGAAAUUCCUCUUGCAUUGAGUAAGAAGGCCGAAACUACCCAUUCGCCUAAACAAGCUACAUAUCUCGAAUGUCUGUUAUUUGUAUGCUAUUACAUGAAGUGUGGGAUGAAGAAUACUAAAUUUGAAACACAUUCAUCUCGCAAAAAAACACACAUGAACAGGGUAACGGUUCAAAAGGUGGGCGCCAUGAGAGCAAGCAUGCUUUACAAGAUUAUUUCGUAUGCAGACAGUAGGGAUGAUUAAACAUUAUUGUAAAAACAGUUGGUGGUAUUGAAAAACUUUUAUACUUUAAUGUGAUGCAGUUCAUUUGGAUUAAGAAACUUGUGAACUUCUAUA